CUUCCCCACAAAACGUACAACUGAGUUCCAAUCUUGUUGAGACUUUCGUCACUCCCAUUGAAAAUGCACUAGAAAAGACUCUGGACCGGCUCCUGUCUAAAUUCUUUACACAAGUAUUCCAACCCAUCCCGGAGGCUGAGCCAACACACACACCCCAUCCACAUUUAUAGACAAUGACAUCUGACCUAACGCAACUUCCCUUUGCUGUACACAGAUCAUUUCAACUGAUGGUGGACAAACUCAUAAAUAACUACUCAGCAUGCCUUACCCAAAUCACUCUCCCAGGUUGACCUGCCACAACUACAACCACCACCACCAAGAGUAAGAAAUCCCCCAGCUGUACAAACCUACUAACAACUACUACUGACAUGUCAAGGAAGACCGAUGCAAUCACAUCCCAGACUAACGGUUAGUCCAAGUCUACAACACCUUGCAGGAUGUCAGCGCGCAAUCAAGUUAUCACUCAACAAAUCAAGCAAGACUGGAUUAAUCGGGAAUACAUUGAGGUUAUCACCAGCAAUAUCAAGAGGAUAGCAGAGUUCCUCAACAGCUUUGAUAUGUCAUGCAGAUCUAAGCUGAGUCAACUGAACGAGAAGUUGACAAUGCUGGAGCGGCGAAUAGAGUACCUGGAGGCGCGAGUUACUAAAGGAGAAACUCUUAACUAAGUUGACCACUUUGCAGUCAGUGACAAAUGUAACAUUAGAUUCCUUAUUAUUUAAUGCACUCUUGCCAGAGACCUAUAAACUUAAGUACGAGGUUGAUAAACAUUUUGAAAAAAUAAUGACAAUUUUAAUUUGCAAUUAUUUAAAUUUAAAUGUCCUAAAGAUUAUAAUAAAGCAUUAUUGCUGGGUCAAAUACAUUUUACAAUGCUAGAACUGAAUUAUGAAACAUUCUAUCACAGAAAAAGUGAGUCUUAUGCAAGUUCUGCAGAUUGUUUCAUCCUUAUUCAAAAUCUUUUCAAAAGUAAAUGCACAAGUGUGAUCCAAGGUCCAAAUAACUUAUGACAUCUUAUCACAUCUUCAAUGUGAAUAUUAUAAUUACUAAAAUAAAAAAAUAAACUUGCUCCAAAAUCAAGCAGGAUCAUUUUUCUACUGUGAUCACUUCUAUGUAUUAUUUUUUCAAGUUUUUUAUAUGAAAUAAAUGUUAUACCAGACAAAAA